CCGUAUCCUAAGCGGCCCCGACCCCCCACCCAAACUUGAUGCUUUCCCUCUUCCUUGAGCCCCGACUGCUCCCCAAUCGCCUGCUUUCCCUCUGCAGCCUCUUUACCAUUCUUAAAAAUCCCUCCUCCUUUCAAUUCAAGUCUAGAGCAGUCAGAAACAUGAGUUCUGAUUCAGCUCAGCGGAUGUUCCAGCUCAAACUCGACCCACUCACUGGCAACUCAGAAUGGGUUGUGAUUGAAGAAAACCAAACCCCAGAAGAGAAAACCAAGGAGCCCCUUUUGGCCACCACUUCUUAUCUUGACAUGCUCAAUGAUUCUCACAGAAACAGAGCAUUUCGUCAAGCCAUUGAUAAGACCAUUACUAAGCCUUGCCAUGUACUUGAUAUUGGUGCUGGGACUGGUUUAUUGUCAAUGAUGGCUGCUAGGGCGAUGGGUCUUGAUGAUUCAUCCACGAGUUAUUGUCCAAAAGGAAAGGUAACAGCCUGUGAAUCAUACCUUCCCAUGGUAAAAUUGAUGCGCAAAGUGUUACGAGCAAAUGGAAUGGACAAGAAAGUACGUGUCAUCAACAAGAGAUCUGAUGAAUUAGAAGUUGGCAUUGAUAUGAGUUCACGUGCUGAUGUUCUUGUCAGUGAAAUUCUAGACUCGGAGUUGUUGGGUGAAGGGCUGAUUCCCACUUUACAGCAUGCUCAUGAUAAUCUCUUGGUGGAAAAUCCGCAAACUGUACCAUACCGUGCGACAACUUAUGGCCAGCUUGUUGAAAGCCCAUACUUGCGGAAGCUUCAUGACUUGAUUAACAAUGAGGCCAAAGCAUUGGAUGGUGUCUAUCUUGUUCCAAAUGGAGUGCAUUCAAUCUUACAAAUUAAAGAGCAGCAGUUUGCCAUGCAUUGUGAUGCAAUGAAAGAAGAAUUUAAACUGCUUUCAGAACCAUUCAAAGUUUUUGAUUUUGAAUUUUGGAAAAGGCCAGAAAGCAAUAGAAAAACCGAGGUCUGCAUAAAAGCUACUAAUGAUGGUACAAUUCAUGCUAUUGUCUCAUGGUGGUUGCUUCAACUUGACAAUGAAGGAACAAUUUUUUAUUGUACUGGACCAAAAUGGAUUAGUGAUCAAUCCAAAUCAUUCUUCCCCGGUAUGGGAAAUUGGUGUGACCACUGGAAACAGUGCAUUUGGUUCCUACCAGAGAAAGGUAUGACUGUGUGCAAGCAUCAAGAGGUUUUUAUAGGUGCUAGACAUACGAAAACUAGUAUCUCAUACAGAGUUAAGACUUCAUUGGAGAAAGAAGAUGGGGGACAUUGCGACCCUUCUCCACGAGAUAAUCAGAUAUUUCUAACACCGGAGCAAAUUGCGAUAUAUGGAGAUUGUAAUUGGCGAUUGUCAAUGUUUAAUGUGAUUAAGAAUGCUUUGAAGCAGAAAGUUUCUCCCAUGUGCAUUGUUGUGGAUGACAGUCUUUUCCUGCCAAUUGCUAUUGCCAGUCUUUCUAAAUCAGCACAUGUUAUAGCUUUGUUCCCUGGACUGCGAGAGAAGGGGACCCACUAUUUGCAAGCCGUUGCUUCUUCAAAUCUUUACUCAAUGGAUCGUUUAGAAGUUCUGAGGACAAGGAACCAGCAAUUGACAAUGGAAGAUACGCAUCAAACAAAGGUUGGCCUUUUUGUUGGAGAACCUUUCUAUUAUGGAAAUGAGAAUGUGCUUCCUUGGCGAAACUUGCGAUUUUGGAAGGAGCGAACAAUGCUUGAUUCUGUCCUAUCAAAAGACGUGCUGAUAGUGCCUUGUAAGGGUAUAUUGAGGGCUUGUGCAAUGUCUCUUCCUGAUUUUUGGAGAAGUCACCGCUGCCUGCAAGAGAUUGAAGGCUUUGAUCAUUCAGUUGCCAAUUCUACUUUAGGGGCAUGUGGAGACUUACCCGCAGAUGAAGAAGGUCCUUGUCUACCCUUUCCUAUAUGGCAGUGUGGGGAAAGCAAGAGACUCAGUGAUACCGUCUCUAUUAUGGAAUUUGAUUUCUUGAAACCAAUCAGUUCAUGCGCUGGGACAGCUCAGGUUGAAUUUACAGAAUCUGGGAUUUGUCAUGGAUUUGUACUUUGGAUUGAUUGGAUGAUGGAUUCAUCCACUGAGUUGUCAACCGGACCAGAUAAAAGAUAUUGGAAGCAAGCAGUGAAACUUCUGAAUAAGCCUGUAGCUGCUGGAAGCCAAGGAUUGACUCUUGCUGAUUGUUCCUCUAUAGAAAUCAAAGCAUCAUUUGAUCCGUCAAGUGGUGACCUCAAUAUUAAGUAUGUAUUUUUCUAAUUCAGGAACUGGCAAUCUGUUACUGUCCAUGCCUUUUUAUCCUCAUGAUUUCCUUGAUGUAACUGCGAGGUGAGAAAGAUUGAACUUUCAUUGAUUAGGACAUUCCUUUACCA